AUGGGGAGCAGAGGGAGAGGAGGAGAGAAUGUGACCAAGUUUUUCGUCGGAAACUUACAGGAGCGUUGUAGUUCAAGAGAUCUGGAGGAGUUAUUCAAGGAUAUGGGGGAGAUUGUGUGGAUCUACGUAGCAAGAAUGAGAGACUCAAGAGGGAACAGGUUCGGAUUUAUCAGCUUCAAUAACGUGAAGGAUAUUACGGAGUUUGAGAAGAAUAUGCACAACACAAAAAUGCGAGACAACAGGUUGAAGGUGAAUGUUGCCAAGUUUACAAGUACCGGAGGGGAGCAACCACCGCCUCCGGUGGAUAAUCGAAACCCUCAGCUGUUUUCGGCGAUGAAUAACACGGAUAGGAAGCAAUUUUCGUAUAGCCAGCAUAGGGGUAUGUCAUAG